AUGCGCCAUUUUACUGCGUCCACAGCCAUCCGGCAAGAUGGUCCCCUUGCUUUGUCUCUCCUGACUGGAGUUCUUUCGGUUUUCAGCCUUUAUUUUUGCUUCCAAGCCAUCGGAAAUCUGAAUUUUGGAUGCAAACAAGUAGCCUGUAGUGAAAGCAAAACUCGUGUGUAUCUGUCAGGAAAUGACGACGUUGGGGAGCAGGUAAGAUGA